UGAAGCUUAGGAACUCUUUUAGAGAGAAGCCCCAAUGGAAUGACACUGUGCUGGUUUAAACAUGGGGGACAUGGUAGAGAAAAGUUCUGAAGAACCUCUGGUCUCUUUGGACAAUGAGUGCUCCAGGAAGAUGGGGGAACUUGUGGAAGUCUCAAGCGGUGACAAGGUUAAGUUUGAUGACACUGGGCUCUCUAUGGUGCUUCAGAAUGGCCUGGAGAACCUCAGGCUGGAAAACUCUCUCACAGACGUCAUCCUGUGUGUGGACAGGAUGGAAUUCUCUUGCCACCGUGUGGUCCUUGCUGCAGCAAGCAAUUAUUUCAGCUCUUGUUUCAGGGCCAUGUUCUGCAAUGAUUUAAAAGAGAAGUAUGAAGAAAAAAUCAUAAUUCAAGGAGUUGAUGCAAAAACCAUGCAGAUGCUGUUGGACUACACUUAUACAAGCCAGGUGCUGAUCACAAAGCAAAAUGUACAGAAAGUCUUAGAAGCCGCCAGCCUUUUUCAGUUUCUGCGGAUGGUGGAUGCUUGUGCCAGUUUCCUCACUGAAGCCCUCCAUCCGGAAAACUGUGUUGGGAUUCUGAGGCUGGCCGACACUCAUUCUCUGGAGAAGCUGAAGCAGCAAGUUCAGAGCUACAUUAUCCAGAACUUCGCUCAAGUGCUGCACUGUGAGGAAUUUCUGGAGAUCCCCGCUGACAUUCUCUACAACACGCUAAAGAGCGAUGACCUCUAUGUCACCGACGAGGCACAGGUUUUUGAGACUGUUAUGAACUGGGUUAGAUACAAAGAAUCUGAACGGUUUCCUCUCCUACCCUACGUUCUUGAGAACGUCCGACUACCCCUUCUGGACCCUUGGUAUUUUGUAGAGACAGUUGAAGCCGAUCAACUCAUUAGACAGUGUCCUGAUGUCUUCCCUCUGCUUCAAGAAGCAAGAAUGUACCAUCUGUCAGGCAAUGAAAUUAUUUCAGAAAGAACCAAGCCCCGGAUGCAUGAGUUCCAGUCUGAAGUGUUUAUGAUCAUAGGUGGUUGCACAAAAGAUGAAAAAUUUGUCGCUGAAGUAACUUGCCUGGAUCCUUUGAGGCGGAGCCGUUUGGAGGUGGCAAAAUUACCAAUCACAGAACAGGAAACGGAGAGCGAGAAUAAAAAAUGGGUGGAGUUUGCAUGUAUUACGCUAAAAAAUGAAGUCUACAUAUCAGGUGGGAAAGAAACACAACAUGAUGUCUGGAAAUACAAUUCCUCCAUCAACAAAUGGAUCCAAAUUGAAUAUUUAAACAUCGGGCGAUGGAGGCACAAAAUGGCUGUGCUAGGUGGCAAAGUGUUCGUGGUUGGAGGUUUUGAUGGCGUACAGAGAAUCAACAGCGUAGAAACAUACGAUCCUUUCCAUAACUGCUGGUCAGAGGCAGCUCCCCUCAUGGUCAACGUGAGCUCCUUUGCCGCAGCCAGCUACAAGAAGAAGCUCUAUGUGAUUGGGGGAGGACCCAAUGGAAAACUGGCUACGGACAAAACGCAGUGUUAUGACCCAGCUAUGAACAACUGGAGCUUGAAAUCACCCAUGCCAGUUGAAGCAAAAUGCAUCAAUGCUGUGAGUUUCCGUGACCACAUCUAUGUUGUGGGCGGAGCAAUGAAAGCACUGUACUCGUACAGUCCACUUCAAGACACGUGGUGCCUAGUGACUCAGUUCACUCAUGAGAGAGCAAGUUGUGGGAUUUCCCCUUGCAACAACAAGUUGUUCAUCACAGGGGGCCGGGAUGAGAAGAACGAAGUCAUCGCCACGGUGCUGUGCUGGGACCCCGAGAUCCAGAGGUUAACAGAGGAGUGUGUCCUACCUCGUGGGGUGUCCCAUCAUGGCAGCGUCACCCUCAGGAAGUCCUACACACACAUCCGCAGAAUAGUGCCUGGAGCGGUUUCCGUGUGACUCUGGGAGAGAAAAAGAGAACCACGGAUGAUAUCCAAAUACCUCAGUUCCCCUAAGGAGACAAUGGCCAAGUAGACUGCGUUGAAAAGAUAAUUUUAAAUGUAAGAGUGUUGGGUGGAACCAUUGCUACUAGGGUCCUUUCAGGAAAUAGCUGUACAUGUGCUUGGCCUCCUUGAAAUCAGGAGGAAUUCUCAUUUUCUCUGUACAGGACAUGCCUUAAAUUAUCUUAAUUCCUUACCCACCCAAAAGAUAAUGGGAUAAUCUGGAGUUUACUCUUGAUUUACAGAACCUACAGUCAUACAAGGAAACAUGAUUGGUAGGUGUGUGUCUGCCUCUUAUUCUACUGCAGGUAGGAUAGUCAUGCCAAAUUUCAGCCCACCCCUGGCCUGAUGUUGCUAUAUUAUUUAUUACUAUUAUUUUCAGACUACUGGACUUGCAGCAUCACCCAAAGAAAAGGAGAAGUUGUGCAUGGAAUGGAAGAGUUGCAUCAUUAGCAAAACUCAUGUGGCUUCCUCUUAAGUUACACUUCUUUUCGACAGAUGGCACGUUACAUGUAGCCAAAGGAUGUCAUUUUAAAAAAGGUAUCAUCCUUUCAUUUCACAUCACCCAGAAAAUCCAAUCCAGCUGACAUCCCUGGCUGACAAUCCCAGCUGAGAUACCAAAGACACAAUGAACAGAUCCUAAUUCUCUCACCUCUACAUAUGGACAAAUUCUAAUUUGAUUCCAUUGUAAGUUCAUAGUAACUAUUUUCCAAUAAAAGCCACAACAAUGUAUUUUGCCUCUGGAUUUGUUUACUCUUCUAGCUAAAAAACAAACAAACAAAAAAACCCACCUACAAAAUUAGAAAGUACAUAAAAAACUGACCACAAACAACCCAGAAUGACAACUAAUAAACAAACCUUGCAAGGAUAACAGUAACAACAAUGAUCCCAUCAGGUAGAAGGACACAGGACGGAACAGGUAUUUCUACCUGGUGGUAUGGACUGUGUUUAAAGAGUGCAAGAUACCAUUUGAUCCUCCCCUGCCAGUGUUUAAAGACAGAAUUGAUCAGAUUCAAUCUAAAUCCUUGUUUCUGUUCAGUGAUUGCUAGAGCUGAAGUCACUAAUAAGCUGGUCUAGGGGGUUGAACCUUAGACUUGGUGCAGUGAGUGUUGUGAUAAAAGAAUGCAGAGGAUGUAGCAGAUGAAGCAGCAGUGAGUUUCUCCACUCUUCACUAAGAGCUGAAAUCACUAAGAACUGGGCUCAGCGGCAGAACGCCAGAGAAUAGCAUUACCACUAAGGCAGAAGCUGCAGAGACGACAGUGACAGUGGUGGGCAUUGGCAGAGGCAUUGCUCACCUCUUGCUUUCAGGGGUGGGUGGUGAACCCCCAUGAUGGCACUCCUGAAUUCUGGGACUUCGCUGACCUCGGACAACCCACUGGGAUUGUGGUGCAGUGAAGGGAAAGGGGAGUGGCAUGUUAAGGAGAUGUUCGUCCGUCAGACUUUCACACUGCAAAGUGGGAAACUGAGACAAAAGACCACUGCCCAAGCUAGUGUGGGGCAGGUGUUUACUUAUUGUUUGCAUAAUUUUGAA